AUGGCGGAUAAGGAAAACAUUGAUAUCGAUUUUGACACAGCGACAAUUCCAAUUUUAAAGGAUUUUUUACGUGAUCGAGGAUUUCCUGUUUCGGGGAAUAAAAAGAAACUUAUUGAGAGGUCUAAAGGUGUAAUUACUUUAGGAAAGAAACCAUUAUCUGUGCUCAGAGAGAACGAUUUACGUGAGAAAAAUAGCCGCGAGUUAAGUAGGUUUAGAACACCACUUGGUGAAUCUCUCCCACGCCCGGAGGCGUUAUGUGAUGGAUGGACUGAAAACGUACAUGAUUUCCCAAAUUUUACUAACAAUGAACUUUACAACUAUUUAGUGCUAAGUAAAGAACGGACUUGUGACGGCGCAUCGAAUAAAGCCAGUAGGCAGUUGAAAGCCAAGGUUUUUUACGAGGACAGGCAUGUACAUUCUGUGCAAUACCAUCAUAUAAACACUGAAAUUAGUCAUUGUUAUAUACGAUCCAAGGUAAUUCCUUCCUUACCAACGCCUGGAAAGAAAGACUACGAUGUAUGGACAUGUCUGUCCAAGGUUACAGGUCGAGUUCAUUCAGCUGGAUGCAACUGCAAUGCUGGUGAGGGUGAGUCUUGCAAUCAUGUAGCAGCACUCCUGUACGCCCUUGAGGACAUCAGCCACAAACGUUCCGAGGGACUGGAUGCAUGCACAUCAGGUCACAACAAGUGGAAAGAACCACGGUAGAGACGCCUAUCACCA